GAGGUGUAGUUGUAAGAUGGCGCACACUGACAUCUGAGUGGAAAAGAAAAGGGAAAACAAAUAAUAGACGAGGUAGCAAGAAACCUUGAACAAUUUAAGCGUUGAAGACCACUGAGAGAUUUUCUUUCGUAUGCAUUAGAAGACCGCUGUUACCAGCGCGUGGAGCUGCUUUUCUGGGCGGAAAGAUACAGUCAAGUUGGUCGACCUGGGAGAAGAGAGAGCCAGGCACCGCACAACCUGUUGAAGAGCGUGUGUGUUUGGCUGCAGUGAACAAUAUGGAAGGCUCAGGGGGCUCAUUUGAGGAGCUGGUGAGACUCAAGGCCCGUAAUGUUCCACAGCAUCGGAUGAAGGAGUUCCUGGAGUCCAUGGCCAACAAGGGCCCCGAGGCACUGCAGGAGUUCCACCAGCAGGGCGGUGUUGCCCCCGCCACCACUGCCACCACCAUGGUCUACCAGCAGGAGGGCAGCUGCGUCUACACGGACAACACCGAGGUGGCCGGGUCGCUGCUGGAACUGGCUUGUCCCGUUUCUCAGCAGCAGGGCAUGUCAGGUCAGCAGGUCUCAAGCCACAUGACCACAGCCAUGCAGCAGGAGAUUAUACAGGUUCAGAUUGGGGGCCAACAGGCGAACCAAGUGCUCCAGCUGCCCUCCUCCACCCAUCAGCAGCUACAGGGGGUCACCACGGCCCAGCUCCUGCAGGCUGGGGAGCUAACAGAGGAACAGCACCAACAGCUGCAGGCCCACUUGGUGGCGGCAGUAGCAGGCGGGCAGCAGCAGAUCCAGAUCCAGACGGUCGGUGCUCUCUCCCCGACCCAGCAGCAGGGCUCUCCCCGAGGGAACGCCACCCAGAACAGCUCCCCCCUCCAGCCUGCCAAGAAGCGCAAGGUGGACAUGCCCAUCACCGUGUCAUACGCCCUGCCCGGACAGCAGCUGGCCACCGUGCUGGCCAUCCCCCAGGGCCAACAGCAGAGCUACGUGUCCCUGAGGCCGGACCUGUUGUCCGUGGACAGCAGCCACCUGUACAGCGCCACGGGCACCAUCACCAGCCCCACCGGUGAGACCUGGACCAUCCCCGUGUACUCAGCCCCCCCGGGGGCCCGCGAGCAGGGCGGCGUCACGCACAUCGCCAUCCCCCAGGAGGCGUACAGCGCAGUGCAGGUCGCCACCGGGUCCACGGCGACCGCGACCACCGUGGCGGCACAUGCCACGCCAUCACCACAGGUCGUCUCGGGUCACGCGGCACUGACUGCGUCAUCCGGGGGUCACGAGGAGGUGCAGUAUCAGACGGUGUCAGCCAACUCUCUGUUUCCGGCUCAGUUCAUGAACGGGAACCUCCACAUCCCGGUGGCGGUGCAGGGCUACGGCAACACCACACAGUCGCUCAUCUGGGACCCCCAGCAGCAGGUAUUACACACCCAAGACGGGGUGCAGGUUCAAGAUGCACAGCAACUGCAGGCCCAGACUGUAGCUGUAGCGGAGGUUCAGAGCCAGUCUCACACAGAUAUGAUGCUGCCCUGCUCUCUGAAGCCUGAGGAGGGACUGGAUGUGUGGAAACUCUGGGCCCAGAGGAAGAAUGCCAAGCUGGACAAGGAGGAGAUCAACAAACUGGCCCCUAUUGGCCGCCGCCAAGCGAUGCGGUUCCAGGAGGACCUGUUGUCAUGUGCGGUGGCUGAGCUCUGUGCUGGUCUGUCUCACAUGUGCCAGGAAGCCAGUGGGCUGGAUGGAGAGACGUUUGCGGCCGAUGUCCUCUAUUACAUCUUUCUCUGCAUACAGAAGUAUCUAGUGGAUAAUGGCCGGGUGGACGACAUCUUCUCAGACCCGUACUACAGCCGUUUCUCCCAGUCGUUGCAUAGAAUCCUGGAGCCGUGGAGGCCAAGUACCCAUCCACUAGGCCCAGGGUACGUCAUCGCUAGUCAAGUGACCGAGGAGAUGCUCUGGGAGUGUAAACAGCUGGGAGCCCACUCCCCCGCAACGCUACUCAACACGCUGAUGUUCUUCAACACCAAGUACUUCCAGCUGAAGACAGUGGAGCAGCACCAGAGGCUGGCCUUCUCCAAAGUCCUGAGGCACACCAAGAAGAGUCCCAACAACCCCAAAGACAAGAGCACCAGCAUCCGCUACCUGAAGGCCGCCGGCCAACACCACAUAGGACAGAAAGUGACAGACGACAUGUACGCGGAGCAGAUGGAGAACCCAGAGAACCCUUUACGCUGUCCCAUUAAGCUCUACGACUUCUACCUCUUCAAAUGUCCACAGUGUGCUAAAGGCCGAAACGACACUUUGUACCUGAAUCCUGAACCUGUGGUUGCACCCAACAGCCCCAUGUGGUAUUCCACCCAGCCAAUCAACAGAGAGCAGAUGGAGCACAUGCUCGCCCGCUGCCUGGUUGUCAGAGAGAUCCAGGAAGCUGUUGUCAAUGUACACUAGCACAUCUGUAGGAGGACCAUGACAGUGUUCAGGCUUUUUCGUCUUUUGCCAUCGCUCUUUUUCGCUCUCUGUUCGUGCCCCACAUUGCCUUCCGUCUGUGCACUUUUUAUUUGUAUGUAAGUUUAUGCUAAUUGUGUCCGUGCACAGAUAUCCCCAUUUGAAGAUGCACCCUGGUCACGCUUUAUGUUUAUUGAUACAGAGAAUGUGGUGUUAGAUGCACAACUCGCAGUGACUUACAUUCAGAUAUGUUUGCCAAAGGAAAUAGUUGCCUACCGCCUUUGUUGGACAGCGUUUCUUAUUUAAGCACUUGUGUUGUCGUUUUUAUUUUCUGUCCACCAACAGACUGAUAUACAUCGUAUAUUGUUGCUCGAUCAUGAAAACCUUGUGACCAACCUUGCCAAUUUUCAUAUUUUACUUCCAUUGAAACCAGUUACUUCUGGUUUUGCACAUUUGAAUUCUGGAAGAGUUGCAUUCUGAGAUGCUUGGAAUAUUUGGUUUGUUCUUUUAUGGGAAAUUCCGGUUUUCUUUUAAUUUCCCAAAACGUUUUUAUGUUGCCAGUAAUGGAACCAGACCUCCUUAUUGCUUAUUUUGUGAGUGGUUGCACAUCUAGCCUUUCUUUUCCCCCUUCUGACCGGUUUUCUUUUAAUUUCCCAAAACGUUUCUGUUUUGGAAAUUUAAGGUUUUCAUCAAACAGGGACAAUAUAUUUCUCUUAUAUGUUUUAAAUGUGUAAUAUAUAAAUGUCUUUAUUUUUGGUUUUUAUGUUGCCAGUAAUGGAACCAGACCUCCUUAUUGCUUCUUUUGUGAGUGGUUGCACAUCUAGCCUUUCUUUUCCCCCUUCUGACUAGUUUUCAUUACCUCCAUGUUGCCUGGCUUUGAACAGGUAUAAGGAAUCACCCAAAAGUUCAGACUCAGGACGUACUUUGCUCUUUCCAUUUCUCCCGCCCUUUGAUACUGGGCUGAUUAGACCUGUGAAGACCUCAGUGAGCUAACUGAAGGAACCAUGAACUGACUGAAUGUUGCUCGAACUGCAGUGGCCCCCUUAAGGGCUAUCACCGCCAUGGCGUGACUGGCGGACCUUCGGCCCCUCCUAAUGGAAUGUGUUGUUCAUUUGGAACAAAUGGGAGGGGAAAAAAGCGCUUUGAAAACAAAAGGUUCCAAGCGAACUUGCCAUACAAGAACACUAAUGUUUGAUUUUCUGUUAAAAUUUGUUUCAAUAUGUUGUGUCCUUAAGAACAUGACCCUGGCUAAUGACUGUCUUGGUUGAUGAACCACUUUGUUUCUACAAUGAACCUCAACACAGUGCAAUGCAGCCUGUAGCAACCACAGGAGGGGGUUAUAACUGCUGAAACCGGACUUGAUAAAGUAGUGCACUCAUUAGCAUGUGUGUGUAUUAUACAUCAUAGGACCAGGAGUUUUCCCUUGACAAAUUAUAUGGUGUAAACCCCCUAAAGUUUUUUUACAUAUUACAUUUGGGGCCAAGAGUUCUUCUUGACCCCAUGAAUCACCCAUCCUAGAUAUUGUACAGACAUGAGUGAAACAGACCAUAGAUGUGAGGUUUCAUUCACUAUUGUGUUUAUUCUGUACAUUUCUCAUAUUUCAAAGUCUACUUCAUGUAGCUUCUGUAAAUGCUGUCACCGUCGAUUAUGAAAAAUGGCAGCAUUGGGUUUUUUGAAACAUGACCUUUUUGUACAGCAUCUAA